ACAACGAAAUUAAAAAAGGAAAAGAAAUAAAAAUGACAACAAACCACGGACAUUUCUUCAUUUUCCAUACCGGCUUAUAGUUUUCGCCACAAUUGAAACAUGUUACACCUGUGAAUACGUAAGUGGUGAAACAGUUCGUUUUGGUUUUAUAACUUUUUUGAUAUUGUUGUUUUGUUUUAAAAAGAAGUUGCUUGGAAUUUGUCAAAAGAAUUAUUAUUUUUCUCAGAGUCUCUAAUGGAUCUUGUUGAAGUAGACCCACUUCAGAUACUAUUUUCCCAAUGUUGUGUCAGGCCAAAAUUCAAAAAUGGUUUACUUGUUGAGGACACUAUUAAGAAACUUGUGAGUGGAGUAUUAUCACCAAACAAAAUUGAACUUAUUCGCGUGUGUACCUUAUCAAAUGGUAAGACGCAUUCGUUGGAUAACCGACGGCUCUAUGCAUUUAAAGAAGCCAUUAAGCGUGGAUGCAAUUUUAAAACCGUGAUUGUGAUAAAAACUAGUAAAUUAUAUGAUUUAAAAUCACUUCAUUGGAAAAUGACACAUCCCCCAUCUGAGAAUUGGUCAGUAGUUAAAGUAAAGAAAGAUUGCAAACCUAUUUAUCUUGAAAAUAUUUUAUCUACAAGAACAUCUAAUCUUUUUGAGAUUACAACAACACCUAAUCUUUAUAAGAAUAGCUCAUAUACAAGAUCCAGUAUUUAUGGAAUUCGAUCUAAUCUUUGCGAAGAUAAUUCGUAUACAAAAUCGCAAGAGAAAUCUAGUGUUUAUGGGAAACGUUCUGGUCUUUAUGAAGAUAAUAAACAAGAGAGACCAAGUAUUUAUGAUAAUAGUCUUUAUGAGAAUCGCUCAUAUGCGAAAACGCAAGAGAGAUCUAGUAUUUAUGGAAAUCAAUCUGAUCUUCAUGAAGAUAGUUCGUAUAUAAAAACACAAGAGAAAUCUAGUAUAUAUGAAAAACGUUCUGAUCUUAAUGAAGAUAGUUCGUAUACAAGAAUACAAGAGAGAUCUAGUAUUUAUGGGAGGCGGUCUGAUCUUAAUCAAGAUAGUUCAUAUACAAGUACACAAGAUAGAUCCAGUCUUUUAGAUGAUGAUGGUUUUAAUGUAAGAACACAGUAUAGAACUAAGCUUGAUAAUAACAAAAGUAUAUAUGCAAGUACGCAAGGUAGAUCUAGUCUUUUAAUUGAUGUUUCUAAUGUAAGAACACAGGAUAGAACUAAGCUUGAUAACAACAAAAGUAUAUAUGCAAGUACGCAAGGUAGAUCUAGUCUUUUAAAUAAUGAUGGUUUUAAUGUUAGAACACAAGAUAGAACUAUACUUAAUAAUAACAAAAGUAUAUAUACAAGUAUGCAAGAUAGAACUAAUGGUUUGUAUACGAAUACUGGGAAUACAAGAACGCAAGAUAGAACUAAUCCUGGUUUAUAUACAAAUACUGGAAAUACAAGAACGCAAGAUAAAACCAAUUCUGGUACAAAUACUGGGAAUACAAGAACGCAAGAUAAAACUAAUUCUGGUACAAAUACUGGGAAUACAAGAACGCAAGAUAAAACUAAUUCUGGUACAAAUACUGGGAAUACAAGAACGCAAGAUAGAACUAAUUAUGGUACAAUUACUGGGAAUACAAGAACGCAAAGAAGGAAAAAUAUGUCUAAGUGUUUGUGUAUUUUGUCAUAGUUUAGCCUUUGUAAGAAGUCGAUAAA